UAUAUUAAGUUUCACAACAUAGUUGUUAAUACAAAACCAACACCACUAAUAAGCUGCUGACUGGAAAUUUUUGCAAAUACCGUUACUUGGUCGAUGUGGUUAAAUGAAACCCUCAGAAACCUGUCUUUCUUCAUGAGUAUUUUGUCACAUGAAACCAGAGUGCUUCAGUUCUCUCUUAUCACUGCGAUAUAACAAACGCUCUUCAAACAAAAGAUGAUUGAAAGUGUUUAUUCGAACUAUUUAUCAGACCCCAAACUGACAUCAGUGGAUAAAGAUGAGAGGCACUGUUGUGAACCAAUGCUGAGGAAAUUCUCCGUUCUCCUCUUCCUGUCUCUGUUGGCAAAUGGGGUGUUGGCAUACCUGUAUAUCACCAAAAAUGCAAUUCUGUAUUGUGAACCAAGAAGAAACUGCUUAAAUUCAGGAUUGCCUUUAGAUGCUCAACCAAUCAUGAAAAUAAAUUCCAUGAACAUUAAAAACCACAGUCUACCAAACUACUGUUCAGAUUUACAAGAGAAGUGGAUCAGAGCACAGGGCAGAUUCUAUGUAUUCUCUACUGAUAUCAUGGACUGGAACAGCAGCAGACGACGCUGCCAGGAUCUGGGAGGAGAUCUGGUCAUCAUCAACAAUAAAGACGAACAGGAAUUUCUGUCUAAACAAGUAAAUGGUGUAUAUGGCUAUCACUGGAUUGGCCUAACCGACAGCCAGACGGAGGGUGUGUGGCUUUGGGUGGACAACAACCCUUUAAACGACAACCUCUUAUGGGAGUCUCCUCCAGAUGACUGGAAGGUUGAAAAUCCUUUGCAUGGUGAAGACUGCGUUAUCUUAAAAGGAAAAAAAUGGGGGGACGUCUCUUGCUUGAGGAAAGAGAAGAGGAUCUGUGAGAUAUCAUGUCCUCCACUUAAGUGACAGGCAAAUCCACCGUGACUGUCGUUAGCUUUGCUAACUAUGCAUGGUUUGAAGAGUGAAAUGAUGAAAAAGUGAAGAACAGAAGCAUAGAUUAUAAGGAGCUGAAGGAGGCGUUCAUCAACAGCAUUUAGAGGCAGUGACUGAGAUCUAUCCUAAGAUCAAGGACAGGGUAUGAACUCUCUAAACAGGGCCCUGCUCUCAUCAAGUAUUACACAGCCUUUUUGUGUUUUUUUUUUUCUUUGUCUUUCUCUGUCUGUAGAUUGUAUUUGUGGAUGCAGGCACCCCAAUCACCAAUCAGCCUUACAUUCACUGUAUUUCUGUCAUUUUUGCAGUUAUUUACUGUAUAUAACCCAGUAUAAUACUGCAAAUUCCCUUUACAGUAAAUAACUGUAAAACCCUUUGCAUCGUGGGAAUUUUCUGUGACGUCAGACCCCACAUACAGAGACUUACUGUAUUUUUUAAAAUUGCUGUAUACUACUGUAUUUGCUGUAACGGUCUCUUUGGCGCCAUUCUAUUGAGGUUGUUUUAUUUUCCUCAUUUCUUACAUUUGGAUUGACACGAGCAACAGCUUGGGACUGAUUACACUGGAUGUGUAGUCCAUUGUAAUGAUUGGAAAAAUCCAUUGUACUUCGUGUCAGAAACAGUGCGAGCCCUUGGAGUACAUCUGUACUUCAGAAAUAUACCGGGGCAUCACUUUACUGUCCGCAUCCACUGUAGAUGUAAGGGAUAAUCAACGGCUAGCUGUGCAUUAAACGAUUUGAAUGCACGACGUGGAGGCGAAGAACCACCCGACGCGCAGUCUUUUUUCCCAUUAUGUUUCUGUUGCUUAAAGAUUCUUUGUGAGGAUGAAUCCAGAGGACACAACAUAAUGCACUGCAAAACGUCCUAAGACAGGAGAAAUGUUGAAGAUGCACUGUUCCAGCAUUGGAAGUCUGUAUUUUUA